AUGAGCGCACCCUCUGAGACCAUUCAACCCACCCCCUCGAUCAGCAGCGCCGUGCCUCCUGUCACAGCCAAUAAACCACCUCACGUCCUAAUUGGUGGUGCUGGUCUGGCUGGCCUUUUCCUCGGCAUCCUUCUAGAGAGAGCUGGGAUCCCCUAUGAGAUCUUCGAACGUUCUGCUGAACCCAGGCCACUUGCAUUCGAGCAACUUGGCUUGUUGGAAGAGCUGUUGUCGUUCUCCAAACCCUCGUUUGGCAUAGUAAUGUUGACCGAUAAGUUGAAGCUCAUUGGCAAAACUGUCGCCAAUUGCUCUGACCUCAUUGGGUAUGACCGCGUACUCUUUGCUCGUCCUGAGCUGCACGACAUGCUGUUCAAGAAGAUUCCCAAGGAAAAGAUCCAUAUGUCAAAGAAGAUCGUUACACUUGACCAAGAUGAGGAUGGCGUUACCGUGACCUUUGACGACAACACCACUGCCCAUGGUGACAUUCUCGUCGGAGCCGACGGAGCUCACAGUGCCGUUCGCCAACACUUGUACAAGGCCCUGGAAAAGGACGGCCUUCUCCCCAAGUCUGAUACUGAGGAUACGAGCAAGGGUUACAUUUCCCUUGUAGGAAUGACCAACGCCCUCGACCCCGUCACAUACCCUGGUGUCUUGGAGAAGGAAUCCGAGGCAUUUUUUAUGGUCGGAGACAAAGACACGCCCUAUACAUGGGUGACCUUCACCAUCCCAGGCAACAGAAUCUGCUGGAACAUUGUCAUUCAGCUAGGACUUUCGUCUACCGCGGAUGAACACGCGGUGUCGUUGGACUGGACUAAUCAAGACAACAAGAAGAUGUUGGAUGAGAUCCGUCACUUCAAGACCCCCUAUGGCACCAUGGGAGACCUGUUUGAUGCGACCGACAUUGAGAAGGUCUCCAAGGUCUAUUUCGAAGACAAACUCUUCGAGACCUGGACGCAUGGACGAACCGUUCUUAUUGGUGAUGCUGCCCACAUGCUUCUUCCAAGUAGUGGUGCAGGUGCAGUAAACGCUAUGCAAGAUGCUGUUCUCCUCGCCAACCACCUCUAUGACAUCAAUCCCACCACCUUCAAGAACAUCAAGACCGCACUGAGCGACUACAAGAAUGAGCGAUUCGAUGCAAUCAAGGACCAGUAUCCUCAGUCGCAUAUGAGUGCCAAACUCACCUAUGGACAUACACUCUGGGAGCGGAUUCUCAGAUAUGUCGUGUUCAACUGGCUCCCCGAAUCACUCCGGAACAAGCAAAUGGUUAAGGAUACAGCCUACCGCCCCCAGGCGAACUUCCUACCAGAGGCAGCCAAGCGCGGCUCAAUGGAUAUCAUUCCUCAGAGGCCUUCGAAGCGCACUGAGAAGGAGAAAGAGGAGGCAGCGAAGAACGAGGCAGCUUCUACUGCUCUCUAG